CACUCACAUCACCGCUCCAUACUGCCCUUGAGAACACCCUCGGCCGUUUCUAGCUCUAUUGCUCACCCCCUCAUCCUCGUCACUGAUAUCUUAUAUCACUGGCUAUCAUAGUUGCGCGUCAGCCUCACCCGCCCGUCGCCGCCCCCUCGUUGGUCUCUUCGUCUACGCUUCCCAGCUUACUUCGCUGUCCGAAGGCUCAUCAUGCUAUCCGCCGCUGAGCUUCAACGCCUGCACCAGCAGCAGCAAGGUGGUCAAGGUGCAACCUUGGUCACUGGAUCCUCUGCUGGCGCACCCAUGUCGGACCCCUUUCCUUCGCUCACCGAAGAUCCUUUCCCAGCAUCUGCUGUGAAUGGUAACGGAAGGGCUGCCGGAACAAGCGCAGCUGCCGCUGCCGCUGGCUCUGGCGCCAAGGGCAACAAGCAGCAGGAAGCUCAGCCUGAUUUCAACUCUCAGGCUGCAUUCCCCUCGCUCGGAUCUUCUGCCACUGCGCCCAAGGGUCAGUGGGGCAAGAAGCUGUCGUCGUCCACUGCUGGCUGGUCCGGAUCUGCACCUGUCAUUCAAAGAGCCGUCUUCCAGGACUUCUUCUCCAUUCCUUACAAUGAGGCCAACAGCGCAAAGGUUGGAGCAGCAAUGACUGCUAUCGAGAAGAAGUACAAGAAUGCCAUCAAGAUUGAGGCUAGUACCACUCGCAGCACGAACACUACCAAUUUUGUCGUCAAGGGAGCCAAUGAGGCCACUGUCAAGGCUGCUCGCAAGGAGCUUAGCGUUUCCCUGGCCAAGCGUGUGACUCUCGAGGUUCCUAUCCCGCAAUCUCUCCGAGCUUUCGUUAUCGGCGCAAAGGGAAAGAACCUGAAGAACAUUACCGAGCAGACCAACUGCCGCGUCAACAUCCCGAGACAGGACGAAUCUGCAGAUGGCAAUGCAAAGCCAUCUAGCGGUGCCCGAGACGAGAUCGACUACGAAGAUGACGAGCAGAUCUCUGUCGUCAUCGAGGGAGACGAGAUCAAUGCCCGACAAGCAGCCAAGAUGAUUCAGGAUCUUGUCGCCGAGAGGACAUCCAAGACCACUCAGCGCUUGACUACUGUUGAGCAUAUCUUCUACCCCUUCGUCGCUGGUCCCAAGGGAGCCAAUGCAACCCGCCUGGAGACCGAGGUCGGCAAUGGAGAGGUCAGCGUCAGAGUUCCCCCUCGUGCCGCUUUCCUGCCACCCAAGGAAGCCGAGGAUGAAGAAAGGGAGCCAAGGCGAGAACGAGACCUGUCCAUUGUGGUCACUGGAGACCGCGAGCAGGUGCACAAGGUGGUCCAGACCAUUGAGGCUCAGGUGGACGAGAUGAGACGCAACUUCCGCAAGCUUGAUAUCCAAGUCCCCAAGCGCCAACAUCGAUUCUUGGUUGGCGAUGCUGCCAAUGACAUCUUGGCCGCAACUCAAUGCAGCGUUGAGCUUGCACCGCAGGACGACCCCUCAGACAACGUCACCAUUCGUGGACCCCACACUCAGCUUACGCUUGCGCUCGGCGCAGUCAUGGACAAGGCCAAUGCUGUCAAGGUCGAAGUCGUAGACGUCGUUGCAGCCCAUCGAUCUGCUGCUAACCCUCUUCAGCAUGCCAAGAAUCUGCUGCGGUGGCUCGCUGCCAGCGGCAAGCUUCCCCGAAGCGAGGGCGUACAGAUCUACCCACCUCGGGCUGCUCUGAUCGAGAGCACAGGCAACGUCCAGAUCGAGAUCGUAGGAGCCGACGAGGCUGGCGUCGCCCAAGCGCGAAGUAACAUCGAUGCAAUUGUCAAGGGAACGCCCCCCAGCUUUACUGACUCGGUAGAAUUUGACCCCUUGCUGCAAGGUAUGCUUAUCGGCAAGAAGGGAUCCAACCUCAAGGAGUACGAGAAGCGAGGAGUCGAAGUCUUGUUCCCUUCAGCUUCAGCUGCUGGUGGGGAGAGCUCGGCCGAGAUCCUGCUCUUCGUCUCCCCGUCAGCCUCUCUCCCUUCUGAGAAGAAGGCUCGCGAGGCUGAGGCCAAGAAGCUACUGGAGGGAGUCAAGGCUGACAUUGUCAAGGCUUCGCAAACAGCCGCUGACUUCAGGACCGAGGUUCUCAAGGUACCGGCUAAGUUCCACAGGGCCAUUGUCGGGACCGGAGGCAGCACUCUCAAUGCCGUGCUCGGCGAGGAGCGCCUUGCCGACGUCCGCGUAGGAAACACGGGCGACCAGACCGGAAAGGAGGACACUAUCACUAUUCGAGGUCCAUCUUCCGAAGUCGAGCGCGUUGCGACUGAGCUACGGAGGAUCGCCAAGGAGGCAGAAGAUGAUGCUAUUGUCAACGGACACGAGGUGUCCUUUGCUGUUGACCCUGCCCAUGUCAAGCAUCUUGUCGGCAAAUCGGGCGCUGCCAUCACUAAGCUGAGGGAGGAGCUGGGUGUUCGAGUGGACUUCGAUGAUGCCGCAGGUGCUGGCGCUACAAACGGCGCCGCCAAGCCAGCCAAGAAGGCUUCUGUCACCUGCAAGAUCGUCGGCCGUAAGGAGAAUGUCGAGGAGGCCAAGAAGAGGAUCUUGGCCCAAGCUGAGAAGCUGGCCGACGAGCGUGAGGAGGUGCUCAAGAUUCCGCAGAAUCUGCAUGCUGCCGUGAUCGGUAAGGGAGGUGUCUGGGUCCUGAGGCUGCAAGAGAACCACGGCGUUCGCAUUGACUUUCCCCGACAGGGAGGUGACAGCGCCAAUGGCGAAGGCAACAAGCGCGAGCAGAAGUCCGACGAGGUCAUUGUUCGAGGUGGCAAGAAGGGUGUCGCUGCUGCAAAGGCGGAGAUCAUGGAGCUUCUCGAAUACGAAAAGGAGAACAACAAUGUCGUGGAGGUAUCUGUUGCGGCACAGUCCAUUGCAAGGAUCAUGGGCAAAGGUGGAGCUACCAUCAACCAGAUCCGAGACGACAGCGGAGCUCAAAUCGACGUCGAUGCUGAGAAUGGCAAGGACGCUACAAGGAUCAAGCUGCGCGGAACAAAGUCUGCUAUUGCUGAGGCCAAGGCAGCCAUCAUGGCAAUCGAUGCCGAGGUCAAGGGUGAGGAGACCUUCACUUUGCACAUUCCUUCUAAGUACCACGGUCAAUUGAUCGGUCCUGGUGGACAGGGCAUCCGAGACCUCAUCACUCGUGCUACUGGCUCUGACGAGGCCGCUUCAUCUCGAUCGGCUACACAAUUAGUGCAAUUCCCUCGACGUGGAGAGCAGAAUGCUGACGUUGUCAUCGUCAGGGGUCCCUCUGCCAUCGCUACCAAGAUCAAGGCCGAUCUCGAAGCAGCCGCCAAGGUCUUCACUGACCGAAUCUGCCACGGUGUCGUUGCCACACCCGACCAGCAGCGCCUGCUCAUUGGCCGAGGAGGAUCAAGACGGUCUGAGCUCGAGGCAAAGUACAACGUGCGGCUCGUCUUCCCUGGCCGACCUGAGCACGGUCAGGAAGACGUCCUCAACGUCGCCGAAGUCGGCGAGGCCCCCAAGGAGCACAUUGUCAAGAUUCUUGGAAAGGAGUCGGACGUAGAGAACAUCAAGAAGGAAAUUGCCUCUUCGGCAGCCACUACUUCGGUCGUCAAGGUGCCGCGCUCCCUCGCCCCCAAGCUUGGCCAGCCGAACUUCUUCCGCGAUGUCCUCUCUCGCUUUGGCGUCUCCAUUGAUACUCCACGGGCGAGUGGAUCCUCCAGCUUGUCGAAGCCCUCGGGCUCCGUCGUCACUCAGUCUUCUGCUGCCGAGGCGCGCAUCGAUGCGGACGAGACCGACGAUGAUGCCAACGGAGGCCUCUCUUUCGAGCUGAUCCAGCUCGACCAGUCGACCGAGUCGGGCCAGACUGUCGAUUGGACCCUGAGCGCCAAGGGCGAGGCGGAGAAGGCCAGCGCCUCCUUAGCCAAGGCAGAAGCGUACAUCAGGAAGAGCAUCUCUGAGGCGGCCAAUGUCACCCAUGAGGGCAGACUGAUCGUGCCCGAGUCGGCAGUGCCACGCAUCGUGGGCAAGCGAGGGGCUGGACUGCAGAGCAUCGAGGCCGACUCGCCUGGCGUGUCAGUAGAGAUCCCUAGGGAGGGUGGCGGACUCUGCAUUAUCCGUGGAUCAGAGAGUGCGGUGCUGGAGACUCGAGACCGACUGGUCAGGAUCGCAACUCAGCCACCUAGGCGGGGCGGUAAUGACUACUGAAGAAUCGGUCGAUCACGGAGGGGAGUGAGCAGGAGGAGCGAGGCAAUACCGCAUUAGUGGCUGGUUCGGGUCCUUUUCCUCUGCAUGCUCGCUCGCUCCCAUACACUUCUUAUCAUCAUCAUCAUCACCAUCGUCAAUAUAACAAUCUUUCAUGUCACUCAUACUCUGUUCGUUCUCAUGCUCGCGUCAAUUACAUCAGUGAUUUCGAU